UGUUGUUUUCGCCAUGGGAAACGAGACGAAAUGGUCUUCAAGAGACCUGCUGGCAGUCUUCUACAUUAUCUUCUGCCUCUUCUUCGCUUGGUUUAUUUCGCUCAGCAACUUGAUCUUCUCCAAACACUUUCCAGAUCGGCAGUAUGCAAUGGAGCACUGCCAGAAUGAUACCACGCCCAUGAGGGAUACCUUCUUCCGACGCGAGGAGGAGACUUACUAUGGACCCAGGUGGGUCUAUUUCGCGCCGCAUGUCUUCUCGGCGAUUCUGUGGUGGAAUUUGAGUUGGAUUCAGUUGAUCAAGUGGAUUCGCGCCAAGCACUUAUGGCUCCACCGUUGGAAUGGACGCAUCCAGGUCCUCGCCAUGCUUGGGCAGAUCAUCACCGGCACGGGCUUAGCCUUGAAAUCGCCCACGCCCGGCAUCCGCAUGCUGAGCAUCGCCUAUGGAGCUGCCAUGGCCUACGUGUGGACACAGACGGUCUACCACGUCCUGCGGAAGGACAUCGUCCGCCACAAGUAUUGGGCCACCAAGAUGUUUGGCUAUGCGCAAGCCAUUGCUCUGCAGCGAGUCUUCCUCUUCUUCUUCAUGGUCUUGACGGUCGCGGGCGUGCCCUUGUACACGCCACUGGAUCAGCUUCAAAGUCAGGCCAGCAAGCCGGCAGGGAGAUCAUUCUUUACCAUCCCAGAGACUGUAGAAAAUCUGGGUAUGGAUCAAUACCUAUUAAUACCAUUUUUAGGGGAAUGA